AUGCGUAAACUCGCGGCGAAUAAUAGCGUGACCCUUCGCCCAAGCGUGAACCUCUCCUCGCCGUCGCUUUCCGUUCCCAAGGUCCCACGAGGGAGAUCUCAUUCGCCAUCGCUUUCCCAGCUCGUCGCCUUCAAGACCUCAUUCCGAUGCCUUCGCGACCCCAGCCCGUCGCCUUCGCUCCGCCCGUCGCCCUCGCUUUCCACGCCUGUCGCCUUCACUUCCCCUCCCCCGUCGCCUUCACUUCCCCUCCCCCGUCGCCUUCACUUCCCCUCCCCCGUCGCCUUCACUUCCCCUCCCCCGUCGCCUUCACUUCAACUCCCCCGUCGCCUUCACUUCCCCUCCCCCGUCGCAUUUCCCGCCCGUCGCCUUCGCUACUCCCGCCCGGCGCCUUCCCUUCCCCUGCCCCUCGCUCUCGCUUCCCCCGCCUGUCGCACUCGCUUCCCCCGCCCGUCGCACUCGCUUCCCCCGCCCGUCGCUCUCGCUUCCCCCGCUCGUCGCACUCCCCGCCAGUCGCACUCGCUUCUCCGCCAGUCGCACUCGCUUCCCGCCCGUCUCACUCGCUUCCCCCGCUCGUCGCACUCCCCGCCCGUCGCACUCGCUUCCCCCGCCCGUCGCUCUCGCUUCCCCCGCUCGUCGCACUCGCUUCCCCGCCAGUCGCACUCGCUUCCCGCCCGUUGGGCUCACUACCCCUCCCAUUGCCGUUCACUCUCUCCUGCUCACGCUCUGCCCUCCGCUAACUCUCUCCCCCUCCCUUCACUCUCUCUCUCACGUACACUCCCUUUCCCCCUAUUCUCACUCCUCUCUUUCCCCCUCGCCUCACUCUCUACCCCCCUGCUCAAUCCCUUCCCCCCUCGAUCUCUUUCCCCUACUCUCUCUCUACCCCCCUGCUCAAUCUCUCCCCCCCUCAAUCUCUUUCCGUUGCUCACUCUCUCACUCUCUCCCCCCCUGCUCACUCCCUCCCCCCCCGCUCACUCUCUCCCCCCCUGCUCACUCUCUCCCCCCCUGCUCACUCUCUCCCCCCCUGCUCACUUUCUCCCCCUCUGCUCACUCUCUCCCCACCUGCUCACUCUCUCCCCCUCUGCUCACUCUCUCCCCCUCUGCUCACUCUCCCCCCGUGCUCACUCUCUCCCCCCCUGCUCAUUCUCUCCCCCUCUGCUCACUCUCCCCCCGUGCUCACUCUCUCUCCCCUGCUCACUCUCUUCCCCCCUGCUCACUCUCUCCCCCUCUGCUUACUCUCCCCCCGUGCUCACUCUCUCUCCCCCCUGCUCACUCUCUCCCCCUCUGCUCACUCUGCGCCCCUGCUCACUCUCUUCCCCCCCGCUCACUCCCUCCCCCCCCGCUCACUCUCUCCCCCCCUGCUCACUCUCUCCCCCUCUGCUCACUCUGCGCCCCUGCUCACUCUCUUCCCCCCUGCCCACUCCCUUCCCCCCUGCUCACUCUCUUCCCCCCUGCUCACUCCCCCUCUGCUCACUCUCUUUCCCCCUGGACUCACCCGCCUUUCCUCCCUACCCCUCGGUUUCCCCUGCUUACUGGCUUUCCCCCCUGCUCGACCCCUUCUCCCCCCUGCUCACUCUCUUUCCCCUUUUGCUCACCCCUCUGCCCCGUCCACAUCCAACCCUCGCUUAUCUGCCAUACCCCCUCUUCCCUUCCCGUUCUAUCACAGAACCAUGA